AAGCCCAGUGGCACAAAUAGCUACGUUAUUACAAGAAAUCGUUUUAACAGUAAAAAGUAAUAGUAACGAUGGCUAUUGGCCAGAAGGGACCCAAUUGACCACCUCCCAAAGUCAAGCUUUAGUUGACUUUGAAAAUAGCGGUGCAGUUGAAAUUGGA